AUAACAGGAUGAUUAAGGUUAAUGGCACCAGGGAGCCUCUGGAGUUCAAGUCUCACCAGUGGUUUGGAGCCUCAGUUAGAACUCACAAAGGCAAAGUGGUGGCCUGUGCUCCUCUCUACCACUGGCGUACUGUGAAGGUGAACGGUGAGAAGGACCCGGUAGGAACCUGCUAUGUUGCCGUGCAGAACUUCAGCGCCUACGCAGAAUACUCACCCUGUAGGACCAAUGAUCCAGACCCGGAGGGACAGGGUUUCUGCCAGGCCGGGUUCAGUGUGGACUUCACCAAGGAGGGGACACUGGUGGUGGGUGGACCUGGCAGCUUCUACUGGCAAGGUCAGGUGAUGACUGCAGGCGUAGCAGAGAUAUUGAAUGGUUACUCUCUGAAAGCCGUGCUCAGGAGGGUCCCUGGAGAGAAACACACACACGCUGCAGCUGAUACCCAUGACGACAGCUACCUAGGUUACUCUGUGGCAGUGGGGGAAUUCACAGGAGACUCAGAGCAAGAGCUGAUAGCUGGUGUUCCGAGAGGGGCACAGAACUUUGGAUAUGUAGCUGUGAUUAACUCCACUAAUCUGACAUUCAUCAUGAACUUCACAGGAGAGCAGAUGGCUUCCUACUUUGGCUAUUCUGUGGCCGUUACUGACCUCAACGGAGAUGGGUAUGAUGAUGUACUGGUAGGAGCACCUCUCUACAUGGAGAGAGAGAGGGAGAGUAAACCCAAGGAGGUGGGCCGUGUCUACCUGUACCUCCAGCACUCCCCGCUCACCUUCUCCGAGCCCCUUCUCCUGACGGGAACACACACCUUUGGACGCUUUGGCACUGCCAUCGCCCCGCUAGGAGACCUCAACCAGGACGGAUACAACGACGUGGCGGUGGGUUGUCCGUUUGGUGGGGAGGACCGGAGUGGCCUGGUGUUGAUCUACAAUGGCCAGAGAGACCUGACGGCCCGCGGCCUAACCCUCAGCCAGGAGCUCUAUGGAGCCUGGGCCUCCAGUAGUGGCCUCUCCGGCUACGGCUUCACCCUGAGGGGGGACAGAGACCUGGACAACAACCAUUACCCUGAUCUGAUAGUGGGAGCAUUUGGUAAAGGGGAGGUGUCGGUGUACAGGGCUCGUCCUGUAGUGUCAGUGGAGGCAGAGAUGAUCCUGACUCCUAGAAUCCUGAACCCUGAUGACCGAUCCUGCCUCCUGACAGAAUCUGAUACCAUGGUGACCUGUCUAAGGGUAGAUAUUUGUGCAAAGGUGAGCGGUGUGGGGAUCCCAGACUCUGUAGUCCUGAAUGCAGAGCUGCAACUGGAUUGGCUUAAAGGUGUGAGGGGCGGAGUUAAGAGAGUUUAUUUCCUGGAUUCCCAUCAGCCCCAGCACACAGGGGUCCUAACGCUUGGCCACAGCCGUCCUCACUCCUGCCUGAACUAUACUGUCUACCUACGAGGGGAGGAUGAGUUUAGGGAUAAAUUGACUCCCAUCUCAUUGGCUCUGAACUACAGUUUAGCCCCUCCUUCCAACCUGGACCUCCCCCCUGUCCUCAACCGUUACAGCAGUAGCUUCCUGCAGGAACAGGCAUAUAUUCUGCUGGACUGUGGGGAAGACAACGAGUGUAUUCCAGACCUCCAGCUAUCUGCAAGCAUAGACCGUACAGAGCUGGUGGUCGGGGAUGACAACCUGGUCAUGUUGACCAUAAACGCGGUUAACAAAGGAGAGGGGGCAUAUGAGACUGAGUUACACACACUCCUACCCCCUGAGGCUGAUUACAUAGGAGUGGAACGCAGGAUAGAGGCUCUAUCCAGGUUGAACUGUGAGUACAGGAUGGUGAAUGACUCCAGACUGGUGGUGUGUGACCUGGGGAACCCUAUGGUUGCCGGAACAGAAUGCCGGUCCUCACACUUUGACCUACAGAUCCACAGUUCAAACAAAGACAGCUCCAAGAGCAACCCAGUCAGUCUGUCUCUCUCCAUCUCUGCCAGAGCUCAGCUAGACCUGAGGGGGGUGUGUCAUCCCUCUCAGGUGGUUCUUCCGUUUCCGCAUUGGGAGCCCAAAGAGAAUCCGGUCAAAGAGGAUGACGUAGGACCCCAGGUCACACACAUCUACGAGCUCCAUAACUCAGGUCCCAGUAGUAUCCGGGAGGCGGAGCUCCAGGUGGGCUGGCCCUCUCGUUUCCGUGACGAACACCUGCUCUACGCUCUGGAGGUUCUAACAGACGGACCAAUCAGCUGCCGGAGCAACACCAGCCUCAACCCCCUGGGCCUACAGACAUCCUCUGUCCAGGACACUCCAGAACUGUUGGGCUUUCUGAGGAACAGUAGCUCUCCUCACCGCUACAGACGAGCCACCAAUGCUGCCCAGCCCUACAGCAGCAAGACCCUGAACUGCAGUAACAUCAUUUGUCUAAGAGUUCUGUGUGUGGUCGGGCGGUUGGACCGUGGUCAGAGCGCUGUAGUCAAGAUCCGCUCCCGACUCUGGGCUCACACCUUCCUCCAGAGACGUAACGACCCAUACCUCCUCAACUCUACCGUGUCCUUCAGAGUGACGGCCCUGCCCUACCGCCUCCAACCCUCCUCCUUACCCCAACACACCACUGCAGUAAGAUACCCCUGACACUAACCCAUAUACCUCCUCAACUCUACCGUGUCCUUCAGAGUGACGGCCCUGCCCUACCGCCUCCAACCCUCCUCCUUACCCCAACACACCACUGCAGUAAGAUACCCCUGACACUAACCCAUAUACCUCCUCAACUCUACCGUGUCCUUCAGAGUGACGGCCCUGCCCUACCGCCUCCAACCCUCCUCCUUACCCCAACACACCACUGCAGUAAGAUACCCCUGACACUAACCCAUAUACCUCCUCAACUCUACCGUGUCCUUCAGAGUGACGGCCCUGCCCUACCGCCUCCAACCCUCCUCCUUACCCCAACACACCACUGCAAUGGGUACACUGGUGCUGUGGGGAACUCCUGAUGUGGCGUUUGCUAUUCCUCUGUGGGUCA